AUGAGUCCUCACAAAAUCUCCGUACUCCCAUCUUGUUCUGCACUGCCCGAGUAUGGCAUCUCAAAGAACGGCUUCUUGCCGGCCGAGCCACCGCUAUCUCGAUUACUACAUCCCUACUACCAGCCAUGGGAGCAGAUUAUAGAGAGGCUUCCUGUCCUUAUCGAAACGCAGCAGAUACGGCAAUGGGUCGACGAGCUACCUGUCCUCACAUCAGUCCAUCUAAGGGGCGAGGCAGAAUGGCAAAGAGCUCACUCCAUACUAGCUGUGAUUGCCCAAGGAUAUAUUUGGACAGGGCCUGAGCCAUCAGAGCGGCUACCUCCUGCAGUUACUGUUCCUUUCCUCCAGACUGCCGAGCAUCUCGAGGUGCAUCCUGUCGCCACUUAUGCUGCACUGAAUCUCUGGAACUGGACGCCAAUCACCGAUGACGCCGACUUGACUCAGCCGGAGAACAUGGUCGCUCUUCACACGGCUACUGGAAGCGACGACGAAUCAUGGUUCUUUAUAAUCUCAAACGCCAUGGAGGCUAGGGCUGGUCCACUGAUCGAGACCAUGCUGGGCGCAAUCGGGGCAGUCGAGGAAAACGACACCGAAACCGUUAUAAAUGCUCUUCGAUAUUUUGAGAGAAGUUUGGAGAGCAUUGGCAGACUUCUGGAACGCAUGGAUGAACGGUGCAAUCCUCAAAUGUUCUAUCACACCAUCCGACCUUUCCUAGCUGGCAGCAUGAACAUGGCAGCUGCUGGUCUGCCCAACGGUGUAUUCUAUGACGAAGGCGAUGGCAAGGGCACAUGGAGCGCAUACCGAGGCGGCUCAAACGGACAGUCUUCUCUGCUCCAAUUCUUCGAUGCAGUGCUUUCCGUGGAUCAUUCCAGAAGUGGUGGCUUCCAUACAGAAAUGCGUGGAUACAUGCCGGGUCCCCACGCCAGGUUCUUGGAUGACGUUGAGGCUAUCGCAAAUAUCCGCAGCUAUGUGAACAGCAACCAAGAAGAGACUGAACUUCUUUCUGCGUUCAAUGCAGCGGUCGCAGCACUCAGUGGCUUCCGUGACAAGCACAUUGCUCUUGUUACGAGAUACAUCAUCAUACCGAGCCGUAUGAAGAAGCCAGAGAAUCAGGUUAAGAGACGGGACAUCGCUUCUGCUUCCACAAAGAUGGUUGCAGAGAAGCCAAGGACACAAGACCUGGUUGGGACGGGAGGCACCACGCUGAUUCCGUUUUUACGAACAUCACGAGACGAGACCAGCGAAACAAAAGUUGUGCAUUGA